UUAAGCAACCACAAAUUUCAUAUUAAAACCCUUGAAGUUGAAUGCCAUUUUAGAGAUUACAAAAAUCACACACAAAUACAAUGUUAAUAAUAGGUUCCUGCGGGCAGCUGCUUUUCUUCAUCUCGCACAUCCUCAUAGUUGUUGGUCUCCUCCAGCCAGCUGCUGCCUACAUAGGUCACAGUUGUUCCAGUGGUAUCAACUACAGCAAUGAUAGUAUGUACAAGGCAAACCUUGACACCCUCCUCUCCUCAAUCGCUUCUGACAUCAACUACUAUGGCUUUUACAAUUCCUCCUAUGGUGAAAACAAUGACACAGUUAAUGCAAUCGCAUUUUGUAGAGCAGAUGUUGGGAUCGAUACCUGUCGUGGUUGUGUCAGUGAGUCUAGUGCUGUAAUCAUAGAAAAGUGUCCUAACAAAAAGGAGGCAAUUGUAUGGUAUGACAAUUGUACGUUGCGUUAUUCCUACCGCUCUAUAUUCCAUAGCAUGGAAACUUCGCCUCCUUUCGCUAUGGAGAACGAACAUAAUGCAUCCAACGUGGAUCAGAUUGAGAAGCUGACAACCUUGUUGAACCGCCUAAAGGACAAAGCUGCAUCAGGUGGCUCUAAUCUCAAGUUCGCAACCGGGAACGAGCAAGCACUGGAAUUCCGAACGUUAUUUGCGCUUGUGCAGUGCACCCCUGAUUUAUCGAAGCAGCAAUGCAUCGAUUGCCUAGAUAAGGCUGCUAUAUGGAUUCCAAGAUCUUCUAAUGGACAGCUUAAAUGGGGAGCCAGAGUUAAUUUACCCAGCUGCAAUCUUUGGUUUGAGUACUAUAUUUUCUAUGGUGACAACAUCAUGGAUGCGCCGCCGGGUACAGGACACCUAUAUAAUAAUAUAAAUGCAUUAAUUAGCACACACUUUUAUUGCUUUUAAACUUCUAAAUAAAAAUUAUAUUGUUUUCUUGGUAUUUAUAGA